AUGGAGUCAAUCAAAAAGGUUACCAUCAUCGGCGCCGGCCCAGCAGGCCUAGCAACAGCCCUCCUCCUCCAACGAGACCACCAAAUCAAAUGCACAGUCUACGAAAUCCGCCCGCAGCCAAGCACCCUAGGCGGCGCAAUCGGCAUCCCCUCCAACGGCCUCCGCUUGCUCGACCGCCUCGGCCUCUACGACCAGGUGGCAGCCAAGGGCGCCGAGACCGCCAGCACCUUCCUGCACUCCUCCAAAGGCGGCGUCCUCGGCAAGAUGGACAUGGUCUCGUGGAGCCAGGAGCGCACCGGCUUCAGCUACCUCCGCGUCCGCCGGACCGACAUCAUGGACGUCUUCCUCAAAGCCGCAGUCGCCGCAGGCAUCCAGGUCCACUACAGCAAGUACUUGACCGGCAUCCAGGAGCACGACCACCGCGUGACGGCCUCGUUCGACGACGGCACCUCGGACACAGCGGACUUCCUCAUCGGCUGCGACGGCAUCCACUCCAGCGUGCGCAAACUCUACGUCGACCCGGAGUGCACGCCCGAGUACACCGGCAUCUCCAACGUCUUCUCCCUCCUCCCGACCGCCUCCCUCUCCCCGGCCGCGGCCUCCAUGACGGACCUCAACGCCACGCUGACCGCAGACGGCCUCCUCGCCAUCACGCCCACGACGCCCGCCCGCGACGUGCUGUACUGGUUUUUCUCGCGCGAGAUGGCCCUCCCUUCCUUCGGCGACGUGCGCGACGGCUGGGAGACGCGCGGCAAGAAGGAGGUCGAGGGCUUCAAGGCGACGCUGCUCGGGCUGCUGGGCGACUCCGACGCCGAGUGGCCGCGGACGGUGCGCGACAUCAUCCGCAAGACGGAGGUGGUCAAGUUCUACCCGAUCUACAAGGUGCCCACGGGCCGGCCGUGGUCGCGCGGGCGGUGCCUGAUUAUCGGGGACGCGGCGCACGCGAUGCCGCCGCACGCGAGCCAGGGUGUGUCCAUGGCGCUGGAGGACAUUUUCCUGUUUUCCAACAUGCUGGGCAGCUGUCCGGCUGCGUCGCUCGAGGACGGGCUGCGGCAGUUUGAGCAGAAGAGGAAGGUGCGGACGGAGCAGAUGCUCAAGACGACGGAGAGCCGGGGCCAGAUCCGCAAGAAGAAGGAGCCGUGGCGGUUGAGGCUGAACGAGAUGGUUCUGUCGGGCGGUUUAUGGGUGUAUAACACGGCUGGGCUGAGCAAGUUGGGCAUGGGGCAGAAAAUGUUGACUUAUGAUGUUGGUGAUGAGGUUUUUGAAGGGGAGGGUGUACAAGUUCCGAUUCAGAGGGAGCUUCAAAUUUGA